AAUGAUCUCGUCUUUGUCCGAUUGACGAUGACGGCCAAAUCACACGAGGCUAACAACCGGAAUAGGAUAUCGUAGGCGGAUCAUGCUGUGUAAGCCCCAUUGAAUUUUCUAAUAAUUUUUCUUUUUUGAGACGCUAUCAUUCCAAUUCAAAUACUCUUCAUAAGCAGACGUUGAAAACAAGGAUCCAAUUUAAAUACUCUCCAUAAGCAGACGUUGAAAACAAGGAUCGUUUUGGUAGGUCUUAACACGCGCGGUUGCAAUAUUUAUGUGAGAGGCGCUGCCGAUCUGACGGAGGCAACACAGGCCGUGACCGACUGAGAGUGACAUUAUCGACAACUAAAGGAAUUCGCGCCUUGUCAUUUGAGAGGUCACCAUCACCUUGGAGAGUCGUCCUGACGUCGAAGCAACACUUCCAUGGAUCACAUCAAGUGUGUGGUGGUGGGAGACGGCGCUGUGGGGAAGACCUGCAUGCUGAUGACCUACGCCAACAACACAUUCAGCCAUGACUACAUCAUGACCGUGUUUGAUAACUACUCGGCCAAUAUCAUGGUGGACAACUCGCCGUGUUCACUGAACCUGUGGGACACAGCCGGCCAAGAAGACUACGACAGGCUGAGACCAUUAUCUUAUCCAAUGACGGAUGUGUUUCUAGUGUGUUUUUCCCUGAUCAGCCCCACCUCACUAGAAAACGUGCGCGUAAAGUGGUAUCCAGAAAUCCGUCACUACUCUCCGAACGUCCCAAUAGUUCUAAUCGGGACUAAAGAGGACCUGCGCGAGGAAAAUGACCUCAUCGAUGUAUUAUGUCAUCAGAAUAAGAAACCAAUCAGCAACGUGCAAGGGCUUGCUAUGGCCAAGACGAUAGGUGCUUACAGAUACAUUGAAUGCUUCGCAUUGACGCAGAAGAACUUGACCACUGUUUUCAACACGGCUGUGCAGGCUGCAAUGAAACCAGUGAAAUUGCAGACCAAUAAUGGAAAUAAGAAGUGUAGACUGUUAUGAUCCGUGGCUAAACAAGUCAAUGUUCCGGCUGUUAAAUUCCGUAUUCUUUAACCUCGGGUAAGGGGUGAUACUGGAGAGUUUGAGAUCCGCGAAUUAUAGCAAAAUUUAUACGUAUACUUAUAGACAUUCGGGUACUUUUGUUAGCACGCCGUUAGGGGGACCUGGAAUAAGUUUUUCCCUCACUAUAAGGACAUAUUCCCGGUUGUGGGGAUUAGGGCAGGUCCUCAUAACUAAGUUGCUUUAUAACGCGGAGGAAAUGGGGAGAUCG